AUGAGCUGCACAAAUACAAAUUCCCAAACACAAACCCAGCUCACAAAACAUGAUGUGGGCUGGAGGAGGAUCGUCCGCAACUUCACCCCUUCAUGGUUCUCGGUCACAAUGGGCACAGGCAUUGUAUCAAUUCUUUUGAAUACACUGCCCUACAAUGCUCAAUGGCUGUACUGGAUUUCCGUCGUCAUCUUUGCUAUCAAUGUCCUCCUCUUCAUCACAGGAUGUAUCAUCAGCUUCUUGCGAUAUAUACUGUAUCCGGAGAUCUUCGGAGCCAUGAUCGUCCAUCCCGUGCAGUCAAUGUUUAUUGGGACUUUUCCCAUGGGCUUGACUACGAUUAUCAACAUGUUUUGUUUCGUUUGCGUGCCGGUGUGGGGUGAAUGGACCAGAAACUUUGCUUGGGGUUUGUGGAUCUUCGACGCGAUACUUUCAGUGGUGACGGCGUUGUCGUUACCCUUCUUGCUGUAUGCCCUCACAAUCCGCAGCAUGGCCCAUGGAAACGAAACGCAACUCUCCUCCAUGACAGCCGUCUGGCUUCUCCCAAUCGUAAGCUGCAUCGUUGCAGCCUCCUCGGGCGCCAUCGUCGCUGACGUCCUCCCCAACCCUCAACACGCCUUAUGGACGGUGCUCGUCAGCUAUGUUCUCUGGGGCAUUGGCCGCCUGACCCUCCACAAGCUCCCGCCGAAGGCUGUCAUCGUUAGUGUUUUCCUGCCCCUGGGACCAUUAGGUCAGGGCGGUUAUGGAGCGAUGAAACUAGGCAAAUCCGCCCAAACCAUCUUCGCGCAGACACAUACACUGGAAGCCUCGUCCGGCCCAACCUUCUACACGCUGGGGUUCCUCGUCGCGCUCAUUCUCUGGUCGUUCGGACUGGUCUGGCUAUUCUUCGCAUCGGCGUCUAUCGCUAGAUGUCGCAACUUUCCUUUUAAUAUCGGCUGUACCUGUCAAAUAGGCCGAGAGCUGCCGUCAGAAUUUUUCAAGGUGCUCGGAACGAUUAUUUCGCUCUGUGUAGUGGUUUUAUGGAUGGUGGUGAGUAUUGGGACGUUGAAAGGCGUGGUAUCAGGGAAGCUCUUCUUUGCGCCAUGUUUGGCAGAUCUGAAGCUGAAGGAGGAGGACAAGGAUGUUGCGAAGGCUGCUUGA